AUGACCACAUCAAUUUCCUCCUCCUCGUCCGAGGAACUCAAAUUCUAUAUCCACCCCCAAGAAACCAUCUCCGAAACUCUAAUUCCAAGUCUCUACGAACAUCUCCCAUACAGUAAUCCCAUAUACAGUCGAAUGCUCGCUCCCCACAACACACCUUCCAGACACUGCCUCUUCGCCGCCACAUUUCCUCCACACUCUCCCAUUCCCGAGCUCUACACCAUCCUCUUCUCCGAUCGAUCCCGCAAAACCGAAUCUCAGAUCUGGGUCUUCAAUCCUCUGAUCACGCCUUCCUACGCACAGCCUCUCUCCAAUGAACAUGCAUCUCUUCUCUCCACACAUCUCAAACACGCCCUCGUGUUCUUGAAAAAUACCGAAAUCCCCCAAGCUCCCGGAUUCCCUUUCGACCCCAUCCUCAAAUUCGCAUGUUUGCAUGAAGUCAUCACAAACUCUCUUACAUCUCUCUCAUCCCAAACAUCAACAUCAACAUCAACAUCGAUAUCCGCACCACUAAUCCCCUACCACACUCGCUGGAAUCUCUACCUCAUCCGCACAGCACCCACCCCCAAUCACCCAGCACUCCCACCCCCAGUCUCCCUCACCACCUCCCGCGUCCCAGCCUCCUACCUCAACCUCGUAAUCUCCACCUCUGCCAUCCCCCGCGAACGGUCCACGCUCCUCGCACAACCUUCCCUCUGUCUCCUCACCCCGGAGUCCGAAAUGGUCGCAUGGGCUUUCAUAGGUAUUGACGGCAUGCUCGCAACCCUCUACGUUCUUCCUUCUCACCGUGGUCUCAGUCUCGCUACUUAUGUUGCCCGCGAACUUAUUCGUCGUUUCGGGCUGGGAGAAUUUGCGGAUUUGGGUUUUAGUGGGUCAAGUGGCUUGGUACAUUCGGAUGUCAAGGAAGGGAAUGCAGGAAGUGAGGGGGUGAUGAAGGCGUUGGGAGGAAAGAGGAGUUGGGAGAGUAGUUAUCUUUCGGUUGAUUGCGCGGUGGUGGAUGAGGUUUGUGGAUGA